AUGUCGCACCAGCAGAGUGACACCAUGGAAAAGCCCGGGCCAAUCAAAGAGGUCAAUUCGCAUACCCCCGAGCAGAACACAGCCUAUACUAUGCCGCCGAAUGGUGGUCUCCGGGCCUGGUUGCAGGUGGCAGGAUCUUUUUUCCUCUUCUUCAACUCGUGGUACCGAUCUCAUGUUGUCCCCACUGCGUUGCAGAACGCUCUACUAACAUACAACCGCCCUCGCCGGGUCCGGAAGCAGUCUGGGCGGCGUCCUCUAUCCCAUCGUUUUUCGUCAACUCCAGCCUCGCAUCGGAUUUGGAUGGUCUACGAGAGUCCUCGGACUUAUAGCUCUUGCAACAAAGACCCCAUACGCUCUUUCCUGCUUGGCCAUGUUCUUUGGCUACAUUGGCUUUUUCAACCCAUCUUCUACAUUGAAGCCUAUGCCAUCCAGAAGCACGCUAUGGCAGAACCACUCGCCUUCUAUCUAGUCUCCAUCCUCAAUGCUGCUUCCGUUCCAGGGAGAAUUAUUCCGGGACUUCUGGCCCGUCAUCUUGGUCAUUUGAGCAUCCUCCUGGGGAGUGCCAUUAUCAGUGGGCUUUUGUCGCUGUGCUGGAUCGCUAUUUCGGACUCGGGUGGCUUGAUUGUAUUCGCCGUCUUAUAUGGGUUUUUCUCCGGCACUUUUGUUGCACUGCCCGCUGUUGCUUUGACCACCCUCACUCCGAAUCUUGAGACCUUGGGAACAAGAAUGGGCAUGUGUUCAGUGUUGUGUGGCUUGGGGUCCUUGUGCGGUUCGCCUGUUGCAGGGGCUAUUCUGGAUCAUACGGGAUUGUAUCUGGGCAUACAGCUGUACUCGGGGAUAAGUAUCGGGGCUACGGGUGUGCUGCUGCUCUUCGCAAGGCUGCUGAGGAAGAAUUGA